AGAUCAGAACUAUAAGUUUAUAAGUGAAGGAUUGAAAAUAAAAUUUCAUAAAUCACGAAAAUGUCGAAGUACGACGAGUACAGUUGGUCAGAAUAUAACGAUUCUUCCCCUUAUUCCGAUUUUUCUAAGGUUCGCAUUCCAAGACCUCAAUAUACAAACCCGUCCUACCCAACAGCAGGUUUUGAUAGGAAGCCCCCCACGUAUGAUCCGGGUAAUGGUAGUUAUGGAGUGCCAUAUAAAUUACCAGCUAAAGGAAAUUUCAAGGAUGAAUAUUAUGAUGACGGUUCGGAGGAGACACUAGCCUCUCUUGAGACGAGAUACCCAAAGAAAACCUUAAAAACUUUAAUAGUCGUUGUAGUGUUCUUGAUCCUGAUCUGUACUGCUCUAGUAGGAAUUUCAGUUUGGUUAGGACUUAGAGAUAAUUCAAAUGAUGAAGAAACCGUUAAAAGAAGUCUGAGAAUGAAAAUGAAAGGCGAUUUCAAGUCAGCUUAUCAAAAUCCAGAAACAACUGAAUAUAAAGAUUACGAGAAAACUUAUUGUGAAAAUGUGAACAAAAUCUUUGCCACAGCUCAAAAAGAAUGCAAUGUUAAGGGUCUCACGAGAGGGAGUAUUGUCAUCGAUUCCGACCUUGUCUUUUAUGAAGAAAAGCUCAAAGCUAUGACGAAAAAUACUGAUAAGAGUUUUAAUGAAAUUAUUCGCGAAAUAUUUGAAAAUAAUAAAGAAAAAGUGACCUAUUUUAACGAUCUAAUAGAGUUUUAUGCUAUUGAAACUGUUAAAGAAGCUUCUGAAACUACUGUUCUUGAAAUAUCUACAAAGUUGAAUCGGAGCUUCAGCUCUUCUUACGACAAUCCUCAAAGUAAUGAAUUUAAAACUUUGGAAAAGGAAUUUUGCAAUGGAAUUGAAGACAGUUUACAGAAAAAUUUGUCAUUUUCUCAGCCAAAAUGUUCUGUAAACAAUUUCAAAAAAGGUAGCGUUAUCGUUAACUACAUUGUCUCCUUCUUGAAGAUUCAGCUGGAACAAAGCAUUCCUAACAUUGACGUCGUUAAAAAUAUUGUUGAAGUUGCUAUUGAAAAAGGAAUUGAAGAUUAUUUAUCAAGUGAAAUCACAAACGUAUUUACUGGACAGCCCAGAAAAGUUAUACCUCAAACAACUAUGGCUCCGAAACAAACUCCUGAGCCCACGACAACUGAAAAAGUCACGACUGUUGAAUCUAUAGCAACUAAUAAGGCAACGACUGCUGGAUCUGCACCAACUGAGAAGGCAACCACUUCUGGAUCUGUAACAACUCAAGAAACAACUGCUGGAUCUGUAGCAACUAAGAAGGCAACGACUGCUGGAUCUGUAGGAACGGAAGAAACGACUGCUGGAUCUGUAGCAACUAAGAAAGCCACCACUGGGGGAUCUGUAGGAACGGAAGAAACGACUGCUGGAUCUGUAGCAACUAAGAAAGCCACCACUGGGGGAUCUUUAGGAACUCAAGAAACGCAUACUGGAUCCGUAGCAACCGACGGAGUAACGACUGCUGGAUCUUUAGGAACUCAAAAAACGCAUACUGGAUCCGUAGCAACUGACGGAGUAACGAAUACUGGAUCUGCAGCAACUCAAAAAACGCAUACUGGAUCCGUAGCAACCGACGGAGUAACGACUGCUGGAUCUGCAGCAACUCAAAAAACGCAUACUGGAUCCGUAGCAACUGACGGAGUAACGAAUACUGGAUCUGCAGCAACUCAAAAAACGCAUACUGGAUCCGUAGCAACCGACGGAGUAACGACUGCUGGAUCUGCAGCAACUCAAAAAACGCAUACUGGAUCCGUAGCAACUGACGGAGUAACGACUGCUGGAUCUGCAGCAACUCAAAAAACGCAUACUGGAUCCGUAGCAACUGACGGAGUAACGAAUACUGGAUCUGCAGCAACUCAAGAAACAACAACUAAUGGACCUACUGAAAUCACAAGUGAUGGAAAUGUUCAAACCUCAACGAUCGCUGCUACAGAAACAACUAGUUCUAUAGUCUCAACGACAUAAAUACGGCCAGGAAAAUACUUAAAAGUCAUAAAAAAACUCUCUUCAUAAACUAUAUUUCUACUAAUUCUUACAGACAUUUAAUGUGAUAUUGAAAUCAAAAGGAUUUUAAAAUAUUAAUCUAUUUAUUACGUUAGCAAUUGUUUACACGUUCCAAACAACAUAAACGUUAUUGUUUUGAAAUAUAUAAUAUAACCUAUUUCUUAGUAAAUGAAA